UCCAAUUCUCCAAUUCCUAUUAUCCUAUUAUCUCUUUCUUUUUCAGUCAAAAAUGGGGAGGAGAAAAAUUGAGAUGAAGAAGGUAAUGGACAGCAGCUCCAGGCAGGUGACUUUCUCUAAGCGCAGAACCGGACUUUUCAAGAAAGCUCACGAGAUUGCCACACUCUGUGGUGCUCAGGUCGGCAUCGUUGUUUUCUCUCCCGGAGGCAAGCCAUACUCAUUUGGCCACCCAAGUGUGGACGCAGUAGCUGACAGGUUUCUAAAUCGGGAGGAAGACGAAGAUGACAACAGUGAUGAUCGUGGUGCUCGUCGUUCUGGGAAAGUAGUGGUGAGGCUAAACCAACAGCUCGCCGAGGUUAUGAAGAAAUUGGAGGCUGAGAAGAAAAGGGGUGUGGUGAUCGAUAAGGCAAUAGUGAAGGCAAAUACUAAAUGGGGGCUUCCAAUCCAGGAGAGGAGCCAGAGUGAGCUUGUGAAAGUGACGCAGUCGCUUGAGAAGUUGCGCGAGAGUGUGAAGGCAAUAGAGAGUGAGAUGGAGGCAUCGUCUUCUUUGCUGCUUCUGGCAAACAAGCCGGUGAAAGAGACUGUUGCUAAAAGUGGCUGA